UACAAGUACAAUUAAGUUAUACUGAACACAUUAACUGUCGAAACGAGUUCAAGCUAUUUUUGUUGAAUUAUUAACGAAGCAUUUCAAAUUAUAAUUUCAAGUUUUAUAAGUAAUGAAACUUUACACAAAAGUGAUAUUAAAAGUGAAAGCAAAUAUGGAAAUAAUAACGUUACUCUGCAUUAUCUUCUUGCAUGUUUCGCCAUCAUUCUCCCAAGACUGUUCGCCCUGUUUCUGCUGUAAACACGGCACGGGUUGUAAAAACAACGUUCCACUCGGGAUAGACAACUACUGCUGGGAAGGAUGUGUUGAUGGAUUCAUGAGUCCUCAGUGCCAGAAACCCUGUGUUAAUCAACGUUGUCGGAUAUGUUCAACAGAGGCUACAUGUGAUACAUGUUAUGAUGGAUAUUACGGCGACCUAUGUCAAAGCCUAUGUCCAAGUACGUGUACCACGUGCACCUCUGGUACAUUAUGUACAUCCUGUAGGGACGGGUAUUACGGCGACCUAUGUCAAAGCCUAUGUCCCAGUACGUGUAACACGUGCACCUCUGGUACAUUAUGUACAUCCUGCAGGGACGGACAUCACAGCGGGUCGGGACUAAUGUGCAUAUAUACAUGUAGGGCAGAGUGUUUAUCUUGUGCCAAUGGUACAUCCUGUACAGCAUGUAAGUUCCGUGCUGGUAUUGGAUAUUAUGGAAAUGAUUGCUCAAAUGUGUGUAGUAACAAGUGCAAAGACUUUUUAUGCGAUAUUUAUGGAAACUGCCUGGAAUGUGAUGACCCUAACUUCACUGGUGGCAACUGUGAUAUAUGCAUUGACGGUAAAUAUGGCAUUGAUUGUUCCAGAAAUUGCCCCGUGAACUGCCUUUCUUGUGUAUCAGAAACUUACUGUACUGCAUGUAAAGAUAAAUUUACGGAACCCUCAUGCUGCCCGGAAAAUUGUUACCAUGAUAAUUGCAAAAUUAGAAGAAACGGGAUAUGCGUUUCAUGUAAAGACGGAUUUUAUGGAGAUUACUGCAACAUAACUUGCUCUGAAAAUUGUAUGUACGGUACUUGUGGUCAGUAUCAGGGUGAUUGUAAGGCAGGUUGUAAGGCCGGAUUUUAUGGAGAUUAUUGCAACAAAACUUGCUCUGAGAAUUGUAAGUACGCCACUUGUGAUCAGUACAACGGUGAUUGUAUUAAAGGUUGUAAGCAAGGACUUUAUGGAGUUAUUUGCAAUAUGACUUGUUCAUCCAAUUGCAAAAACGAUAUUUGCCAUCAAAGUAGUUCAGGCGAAUGUGUGUACGGCUGUGAUGAUGGAUAUUAUGGUGUUUCUUGUUCCCUUGGCUGCAACAAUGAAGAUUUUGAGUGUUUAAUAUGUGUAUCAAACAAUAAUGACUUCAUUUCUUGUCGUCGAUGUACAGAAGGAUUUUAUCCUGGAGCAAAUGGAAGAUGCAUUCCAUGUGAGCCGAAUUGUUCUGGUAACUGUAACCAAUCAAACGGUAGUUGCAUUGCCUGUCCUGAUGGUUAUCAUGGAACGUUGUGUGACAAUCCAUGUUCAAAUAAUUGCAGGCAGUGUCAUCAAAAUAACAGAACAUGUAAAAUUUGUGAAAAUCAAACGUGGGGAGAUUAUUGUUUGUGGAAAUGCAGCUCUUCUUGUCUUAUUGAUACAAAUUCGUUAUCCAGCUGUGACAUUGCGACGGGUAAAUGUAAAUUCGGAUGCAUAGCAGGUAACCAUGGUUUGUAUUGUGAGCGGAAAUGUGACCAGCAUUGUGGCGCGUCUAAAGACGGAAUUAAAGUGUGCAGACAGGAAGAUGGUAUAUGUGCGGAAGGUUGUUCGAGUGACCAUACUUCAACUGAUGGCGGUUGCGUCCCUGUGACAGAUGCGCUUGAGGGCGACAAAAGCUCGAUUACAGCAGGAGCUAUGGGCGGAGUUAUUGCCCUUCUCAUAAUAGUGCUAGCUUUUUCUGUCGGAUUCAACAUUCUUUUGAAAAAAAGAAACAACAUUAUUCAGAAGGACAAUCCUAGAGAGAUAAACACUACAGAAAACGAACACAAGGUAGAGGCUCAAUCGUAUGAGCAACUACAAGGCCGGCCAGAUCAGCCUAACUACCAGAAUGUUACUGACAGUAACUAUGAUAUGUUAUGUGCCUGAAGUGGCCUUUCACCGAACACGACUCCGUUAUUCAAAAAUUUGAAAGAAUUAAUUGUGGGCUUGUAUCAUAAAAACUGUUAUACACUUCAAAUAUCAAUAUCAUAUGGUUCCAUUUAUUUAAAUGCAUUAAUAGUCGAGUCAGUGUAAAUUUAUUUUGCAGAUUUAUUUUUAAUUAACAGAAUAAUUAUAAAACCUAAAUACAUAAAUAUGUUUAUAAAAAUUAACCUAACGUCAAGUUAAGAUGUCGAAAGUACAAGACAUAAGAACAUAGAAGGAAAUCAAAAAGAUUUUUCUGAAAUGCUGUCUACCAAAAUCAUUUUCUAACCAAGAGGAUGGACUGUUCAUUAUAUUGCUUAGCUUUAGUAAGAAUUAAAAUUAAUGUUAGAAAGCACUGUUCACAUGAAAUCAGUAGAAUGAUAUUGUAUUACCCUCUACAAAAAAAUGUUUAAGCGCUUAUAAUUUGUUAAAAGGCAUUUCAUCAAAAGCUGGACUAGAUUGUCUGAAAUAACAGUUCAGUGAAACCAAAACUACGAUUUUCAUAAAGUACCAGACAGGUUAUAACAAUAAGUGGUGUCAUGGUCAUUUUCUACAAACAUGUGUUGUGAAAGAGAUCAACGAGGUGCGUUUGGUCGACGGAAAUUAUGUUUCGUAGCAAUGUCGCUUUCACGAACUUGACAAUUUAUUAUCAAAAUCAAAGAAUUAAUGUUCUAUUGUUCAUAAAGUCUCUAUGUUUACAAAUAUAUGUUUUUGAUCUAGACCUAAGAAUGUAUAUCUGUUUUUUUAUGAAUGUGCACUCAUUGCCAUGCUGGCAGAUAUUCCCACAAAUUAUGAUAUCAUGAAUAUUAUUAUUUUAUAUUGAGUAUAUUUUUAGUAUUUCAGUCAUUAUAUAUAUCACCAA